AUGGACUCCGACGUCCACACUGGCAGCACCACGACUCCCUCCUUCACAUCUACAAACACCAAACGACGUCGAGCCACAUUGACCAAGAACCCUCCUCCCUCCGCCUUUCCUUCCAAACCUUCACUCCGCAAACCACAAUCCUCCGCAACCCUCCAACGAGCCCCGUCAGCUCCAUAUCCACGCAGUCAAGCAGCCUCACAAUCAUCCCGCGAUUUCCACCAGAGAACCCAAUCAAGCGCGUACGGUUCCUCUACCUCCUCUCUCGAACGCAUUAGCGGAGCCCCUUCUCCUGUGGUCCCUUCUGUCGACUACUUUGGAUCGACUGCCAACACCUAUCAACUCCAGCAGCAGUUUCCUCCCCCUCCUCAGACCUCAGAUGACCGUCAUAACGACUUGAUCGGCGCGCCAUUCGACGCCUCAGGUCUUCUUUCAUCCUUCCAAGCCGCCGACAUGAAUGGAAAUCAGAAUGCCAAUGCACAGUCACCACAACCUCCGCCAGUGACAAACAAUCAGACCACACCAGACUUGCGAAGUCACCCGUUACGAAAUUCGCAAACAUUUGGUCCUACAGGCGUGGCUAUGAUGGAAGUCAUACCUCCCAAGUCAGAAAAUGGCACACUCAGCCCCAAGCGAUUCUCGGGAGAUGGCCAGACAAAACCUCCAGGCCCUCUCCGGAAAAAGACAGGCUUCUCGAGCUUUGUCAAUAACAUGCUUGGCUCGCCCAGAACCAUCAAGAUAUCUGCUCCCGAAAAUCCUAUGCAUAUGAUUCAUGUAGGCUAUGACAAUCAGACCGGGCAGUUUACGGGACUUCCUGCGGAUUGGCAGAGAAUCCUCUCUGACAGCGGGAUCUCCAAAAAUGAGCAGGAUCAAAAUCCCCAGAUGAUGGUGAAUAUCGUGGAGACCUACAAGAGUAAUUUUGGAGGUGUGGAUGAUGGCGUCUGGCAGAAAUUCGACCAUGCAAAGCUCUCGGACUCUCCUCAAAGCAGCAACAGCAGCUAUCAAAGUCCGGUGACUCCCAACAUUGGAGCAAGUUCGGCUGCGUAUUCACCAAUGGCCGGUGUCAUAUCGCCUCCCGCAAGUCCUCGAUUUCCUCAAAACCACGAAGGAAGCUUCGAAAACCCUCGAGCACCCCCGCCAAUACCGAAAGGGCCUCCAGCCAGUGCAAUGACAGGUGGAAAACCAGGCCCGUCUAAUAUCAUGAUGCCCAAUCGACCUGCUCCCAAGCCUCCUGUUCAGAACAUACGGGAUCUGGCUCCCACUCGGCCCGCUCCCCCUCCCCCAGUCCCGCGGGAUUUACCAUUGCGGCCAAGUCAAGAGCAGCAGAGACCUCAGCCUUCAGCGCCAGCGCCACCCCUCCCAGCUUCGCCGCCAAUCCCUCAAGAAGAGGCACGUAGUCGUUCCAAUUCCAAAGGGCCGGCCGCUACAACUCCUCCACGUGCACAGCCAGCCAUUCAAUCUCCAGCGCAGUAUCAGCAACAGCAAGAACAAGCAAUGUUGUUGGCGCAGCAAGCCAUUCAGAGCAAGCAACUUGACCGGAGCCGAAGUCAACGUCAAGUGGCACAGGGAGCGCCUGAGGUUCCACCGAAGAUUCUGCCUCCGUCAGCCAGCCCCAACGUUCCAGAGACACAAUUCGCUGCCGCUGCAGACUCUCCGGUUCUGCAGGAUCAACCACAGGUAGCCAAGGUUGGGCCGGUACCUGGCCCUCGGCCUCGCACGAAACGACAACAGAGCAACAUUGUGGACGUCACAGCCAGAUUAAAAGCCAUCUGCAGUCCUAGUGAUCCCACUACGAAAUACCACAAUCUCAGCAAGAUUGGACAAGGUGCGUCUGGGGGGGUCUUCACAGCUUACGAGAUUGGUUCCAAGAGAUGUGUCGCAAUCAAGCAAAUGAAUUUGGAACAGCAGCCAAAGAAAGACCUGAUCAUAAAUGAGAUCAUUGUCAUGAAAGACAGUAAACACAAGAACAUUGUCAACUUCAUGGACAGUUUCUUACAUGAAGGCGAUCUAUGGGUUGUGAUGGAAUACAUGCAAGGUGGCAGUCUGACAGAUGUGGUGACAUUCAAUGUCAUGAGUGAAGGUCAAAUCGCUGCAGUGUGCAGAGAAACACUGUACGGCUUGCAGCAUUUACAUUCGAAGAACGUGAUCCACCGGGAUAUCAAAUCUGACAACAUCCUGCUCUCGGAAAGAGGAGACAUCAAACUGACUGAUUUCGGCUUUUGUGCACAAAUCAAUGAUACCCAGAACAAGCGCACAACAAUGGUCGGAACCCCUUACUGGAUGGCUCCAGAGGUGGUCACGAGGAAAGAAUAUGGCCGAAAGGUGGAUAUAUGGAGUUUGGGUAUCAUGGCUAUCGAGAUGAUCGAAGGAGAACCUCCCUAUCUGACAGAGGCGCCAUUGCGGGCCUUAUAUCUAAUCGCUAAGUACGGCACACCGCGCAUCAAGGACGAGCAAGCGCUGUCACCGGUUUUCCGGGACUUUCUCCAUUUCGCCCUAAAGGUCGACCCCGAGAAGCGAGCAAGUGCGCACGAUCUCCUACACCAUCCAUUCAUGCAUAAUUGUGCUCCACUCACCAGUCUCGCUCCUCUUGUACAAUUAGCUCGAGAGAGCAGAGCUGCAGAGAAGGCUAAUCGAGGCAACUAA